AUGGCCAUCACGGCCCUGCCACAGAUCCCCACCCUCACAACACUCUACCAUCUGAACCAGCUUUCCCCAUCACCAACGCCACACCCCGGAGCCACAUCACGCUACAACGACAAGAUUUCGCUCAUCCGCACAGACAUCACCAGGCUGGCAGUAGACAGCAUCGUCAAUGCUGCCAACACUUCUCUACUCGGCGGGGGAGGCGUUGAUGGCGCCAUUCAUCGCGCAGCUGGCCCGCAGUUGUUGGAAGAAUGCCGCGGUCUGAACGGAUGCGACACGGGCAACGCCAAGAUCACCGAUGCUCAUCAACUCCCCUCCCGCAAGGUCAUCCACGCCGUCGGUCCAGUCUAUCACAUCCAGAAGGCCAAAGGCAAACAUACCUCGCUACUCCAGAGCUGUUACACUCAGUCAUUGGAUCUCGCCUCACAGCACGACUGCAAAAGUAUUGCCUUCAGCGCCUUGAGCACCGGGGUGUACGGCUAUCCCAGCGACGAGGCUGCUGAAGUCGCCAUUGCUGCCGUCAAGGGCUGGCUGGAGGCAGACGAAGAGAGAGCCGGCACGAUGGAACGAAUCAUCUUUUGCAGUUUCAUGGAAAAGGACGAGAGAGCUUACGAAAGGCACAUUCCACAGUUCUUCCCGCCGGCGAAUGAAACGACCACAAACGAAGAAUCCGAGGAGGGUGGGAUUUCAUUACCUGAUGUUCCUACCAAAGAUCCCGCUACUGAGGAAGGACAGUCUGAACCGAAGAAGCGAAAGGUUGAUGGUGGAAGCAAUGACGGACCAUCUGCAUAA